GGGGGACUGUUUUCCGUCGGAGGCCGGAGCGGAGCCGCGUCUGACUGGAGGCCGGCGGCGAGCGGCGCUCCGCUCCCUCGUGCGCCUCGCUUCCUUCCUACCCUUCCUCCGCGUCCUCUUCCUCCUCCUCCUCCUCCUCCACCGCCCCGCCGCCGGCCGUCAACCGCCGCGCCCUGGGAGGAGCCGCGGCCCGCGGGGCCAGAGCCAAGGCCUUGCGUCGGGACAUCCGUAGCCGGAGCGCGAAGCCGGGGCCUCGGCGUCCCCGCCCUCUCUCCCUCUCCCUCUCUUUCUCCCUCUCUCUUUCCGCCUCGGCCCAGCGUCCGCCGGGGGGGGUGCUCCGCUUCCUCCCCCCAUCCUCCUCCUCCUCCUCCGCCUCCUCCACCCCCCGCCCCCCCAGCCCCAGCGCGCGUCGCGCCAUGGACUCGGACGAGGGUUACAACUACGAGUUCGACGAGGACGAGGAGUGCAGCGAGGAGGACAGCGGCGCCGAGGAAGAGGAGGACGACGAGGACGACGACGAGCCGGACGAUGAUAACCUGGAUCUGGGCGAGGUGGAGCUGGUGGAGCCCGGCUUGGGCGUCGGCGGGGAACGGGACGGACUGCUGUGCGGGGAGACGGGCGGCGGCGGCGGCGGCGGCGGCAGCGCCCUGGGACCCGGCGGCGGCGGUGGCGGCGGCGGCGGCGGCGUCGGUGGCGGCGGCGGAGGAGGAGGACCCGGCCACGAGCAGGAAGAGGAUUACCGCUACGAGGUGCUCACGGCCGAGCAGAUUCUGCAACACAUGGUGGAAUGUAUCCGGGAGGUCAACGAGGUCAUCCAGAAUCCAGCAACUAUCACGAGAAUACUCCUUAGCCACUUCAAUUGGGAUAAAGAGAAGCUAAUGGAAAGGUACUUUGAUGGAAACCUGGAGAAGCUCUUUGCUGAGUGUCAUGUAAUUAAUCCAAGUAAAAAGUCUCGAACACGCCAGAUGAAUACAAGGUCAUCAGCACAGGAUAUGCCUUGUCAGAUCUGCUACUUGAACUACCCUAACUCGUAUUUCACUGGCCUUGAAUGUGGACAUAAGUUUUGUAUGCAGUGCUGGAGUGAAUAUUUAACUACCAAAAUAAUGGAGGAAGGCAUGGGACAGACUAUUUCAUGUCCUGCUCAUGGUUGUGACAUCUUAGUGGAUGACAACACAGUUAUGCGCCUGAUCACAGAUUCAAAAGUUAAAUUAAAAUAUCAGCAUUUAAUAACAAAUAGCUUUGUAGAGUGCAAUCGACUGUUAAAGUGGUGUCCUGCCCCAGAUUGCCACCAUGUUGUUAAAGUCCAGUAUCCUGAUGCUAAACCUGUUCGCUGCAAAUGUGGUCGCCAGUUUUGCUUUAACUGUGGAGAAAAUUGGCAUGAUCCUGUUAAAUGUAAGUGGUUAAAGAAGUGGAUUAAAAAGUGUGAUGAUGACAGUGAAACCUCUAAUUGGAUUGCAGCCAACACAAAGGAAUGUCCCAAAUGCCAUGUCACAAUUGAGAAGGAUGGCGGUUGUAAUCACAUGGUCUGUCGUAACCAGAACUGUAAAGCAGAGUUCUGCUGGGUGUGUCUUGGCCCUUGGGAACCACAUGGAUCUGCCUGGUACAACUGUAACCGCUACAACGAGGACGAUGCAAAGGCAGCAAGAGAUGCACAGGAGCGAUCUAGGGCAGCCCUACAGAGGUACCUGUUCUACUGCAAUCGCUACAUGAACCACAUGCAGAGCCUGCGCUUUGAGCACAAGUUAUAUGCUCAGGUGAAACAGAAAAUGGAGGAGAUGCAGCAGCACAACAUGUCCUGGAUUGAGGUGCAGUUCCUGAAGAAAGCAGUUGAUGUCCUCUGCCAGUGUCGUGCCACACUCAUGUAUACUUAUGUCUUCGCUUUCUACCUCAAAAAGAAUAACCAGUCCAUAAUCUUUGAGAAUAAUCAAGCAGAUCUAGAAAAUGCCACAGAAGUCCUUUCUGGCUACCUUGAAAGAGAUAUUUCCCAAGAUUCUCUGCAGGACAUAAAGCAGAAAGUCCAAGAUAAAUACAGAUACUGUGAGAGUCGACGAAGGGUUUUGUUACAGCAUGUGCAUGAAGGCUAUGAAAAAGAUCUGUGGGAGUACAUUGAGGACUGAGAAUGGCCCUGCAUAAAAUGAACUCUGAAAACUUUACCAUCUAGAGUGCUCAUGCAAUUAAAAAACAAACAAACACAAACAAGGAGGCACUAAGCCUAUUCUGACACUGCUGGUCUGUAGUACCAGAAUUCUGUUUUGUUAACGGAAAGUUUAAGUAAAUUAUAUUGUAAUAAAAAAGGUAGAUAAACCAUUGUACAACAGUAUUCUAGGCCGCCAACCAAGUGUGACAGACACACUAAAAGCCCUCCAACUUUAACUUGUAACGUAGCUUCAUUCUCAAAGCUGACUUCUUUUUUUUUUCUUUUUUCCUUUUUCCUGAGUGUAGUACAGUUAAAUUUCAAAUAGUUCAUUGACACCGCUUUUCAUGUCCAAACAGCCAUUUUGUUGUACUUUGGUAAAGAACCUCUUCCCCUUCCUCCCCUGCACAUACAGAUACACCCACAUACAAAUUGACUCUCUUUCUCUCAUACCCCAAGGUCAUGAGUGAAUGAUGUUUAUUAGCUACUUCUUAAGAGAAAAUUCUUGGGAGGGGGAUAGGAGUAGGCAGCAAGAGGAUUAAACAAACAACCCACAUAAACUUUGUAUAUGACUUUUAAAACAAGAGGACAACACAGUAUUUUUCAAAUUGUAUAUAGCGCAUAUGCAUGGACAACGCAAGCGUGGCACGUGUUUGCAUAAUGUUUAAUUACAAAAAUAUUUAUUCUUUAAAAAUCUUCAAGAUUACGUCUAUUUGCUGUGCAUUUUCUUUCAGUUGGCUUUAUUUUUCUGGGGUUGGGAAACAGAUGUGAAGACCUAACUAGAAUGUUUCAGUUCCCCAGUCCUGAGGUUACUUUGCCCUUUGUGAUUUUGGUAUGCCUUUUGCUGGUCAUGGGCCUCAUGCCUUGUAUUUAUUCUCAACAUUUGAUUAGGAACAGGGUGGUCAAGUUCUGAUUAAAUGUCAUGGCCGGUUAAGGACUACAACAAGGAGUUUUGCUGUUCCAGUUCAUGAAUGAUCCUGCCCUCCCCUACUCCACCAUGGCCUUGUGCCUCUGUCCCUGCCCCCGUGUGCCCAAGUCAUGCACACAACUGUAGGCUUCCUAGAAUCCCUACCACAUCUGGAGGAAGCAUUUUAAGUUUCUUUUCCUGUUUUGUUUUCCCUGAAUUGCUGCUUUGAGCCUUUUCAGAUUUUAGUUAGGCUCACCUCUCAUACCUUUUCUGUGUUAGGGUGUUGAAUACAAAUGUUUUUGCUUUAAAUAUAAAUAAAUAGCCAUUCACUUAGUCUCAGAUUGUGAAUUUAAAAUGGUGGAUACUGAACUUGCUUGUGUGCGUUGCAGUGGGCUGUUUGAAGGCAAGCAUCCCAGAACAUGAUAAUACCAUCCAGUGCAUUUAAGUAGAAUUCACUGAGUUUGCUUCUUUUCUAUUGUCAGCAGAUAGGAGAAUUAAUAAUGCAUUUCAGCUGUGAUGUCCAUUUUUGAGAAAUUUCUACUAAAAGCUAUGUUAAAAGUAAAGGAUGGUGGUGGUUCUGUUAACUACAUACCUGCUUAGGCCAUUCUGGCUAAGGUAUUUUUCAACAGGUCAGCAUCCCUGAAUCUGUCAGUUUUGUAUAAGAGUGCAGAGUGAACUAGGCAACUAGAUUAAGAGGUGUAACUAUUAAAUACCAGUUUUGGCUGAGGACCUCUUUGUCUUCCUUUAACUGUUUCGUGCCUAGGGAGUGUUUACCUUUUGUGAGGCAGCUUUGUCUGCUCUUGCAUUGUACAUCUUAUUACUCCAUUGGGAAGUAGGUUCACUUUCCUCUGGCCUUUUGCCUAAGUUAGGCUUUGCUGAAUCAACCCUACUUUUCCUUUUAGAAAAGGUUGUUACAGGAGAUGGACUUGCAACUUCUUUUCCCAUCACAAGUCAGUGAGUGUUUGCUGAGUACAUUAUGCUGCUUCCUUAAACCACAUGUUGCUUUAGGAUCAACUUGACCUGUUUGUACCUUUUUUACUCCCCUUCCUUACCACCUCAAUGUUUGCUUCUUUCAUAUUCUCUUUGCCCCUUUCUUCUCCCAUCAUCCAUUUGACUUUGACUUUAUUUUACAUUAAAUAACUGCAUCACUCUUAAAAAGAUAUCUAUCAAAACCAAGGAGAUUUUUUUCUUAAAGAAAGUUCAAGUAAGUUCCUUUCCCUGGUAACUUUGAAAAGCAACCAGAAUUGUUAUAUAGAUAUAUGUGGUCCCUUAAAAUGCUUUGUAUAUAUGGUGUUCUAAAAAAAUUACCAGUUAACUUUGCAGUAUCUAGAUUUUGAGUGUCAUACAUCCUCUUCACAUGCCCCCUCGUAACAAGUAUCCAAAAAGUGUGUUGCGCUUUAUAGUGUCAGCCCCCCCUCAUGGAGGAGUAGUGCUUUUUAGUUCCAGUGUUGGCAUGCGACCUGAGGGUAUUGGCAGUUGUGGGUGCACUCCCUAACUUGUAUGGUUAAGGUGAAUUAGCCCGUCUUGCUACUUCCAAGCUUUUAUAGCUGUCUCCAUACUUGACAGAAUUAAUUGCUUCUGUUAGUAGUUUCAGUGCCCCCAGCUGAGAUAGGCAAGCCAUAUUGUAUGACAGCUUCCCUAUUUCACCUACCUAAUUCUACCAGAGGGCUCUAUUUAAAGUGAGCACCAGGGGUCUCCCUGUCAUGCAGAGGUUAGUUUGUCUUGAAAGUGCAUGCUUCAUUUGAUCAGUUCAUUAAGCAGCAGAUGGACAUUCAGUGAUUUACAAUAACAUUUUGACCCAAAGCUCAGGACACAUACCAUAGUGGUAAAAUGGAGUAGCAUAUAAUAUCACCAGGCUAAAUUCUGUGUAAUUUGCUGCAACUCAGAUUGUAUGUUUUAUGUGUGUUUAAAUAAAUUUAUUAAAUACACAUGUGUAUACAUACACCCAUAUAUAUAUAUAUAACAGAUCCAAGACUGACUUGAUUUGAAAUGAUUGAAUCUGCUGUGUAAUAUAUGUGGUUCAGCUGUGAUUAGGAGCUGAAAUUUAGUACAAGAGAAAAGGACAAUAUAACAAACAAUUUAGCUAUAUAUCCCGGUAUAGAGCACUUGGGGGAGGGUGGGGUGGGUUGGUGAGACAAUCAGAUCAGUAAAUUGAUGACAUGCUCCUGACCCUGUGAUUUUUGUGCAUAGAGCAAGCACCCUGUGCUGUGCUGUGGAAAUAACUGUUCUUAGAUUUUCAUUGUAACUGGACUGUUCAGGUUGCCCACAGGGAAAGAACAUUCCUAAUUCUAAUAAAAUAAACUUUUAUUUUGUUA